AUGGUAGUGAGCCGCGAGAGCGUCAAUUUUAAGUCCCUUCGGUUUAUAUUCUUGUUCUGUAAUUCUCGUGUGGUGAAUGCUUUCGUCUGGUUCUUCCCCAGAUUAUUCCGAAGAAGAACCGGCACGAGAUCUGCAAGUACCUCUUUCAAGGUGCGGGCUAGGGCUAGCGUCGGGUCUCCGAUCCCGGCGCCUAUUUAUUUGCUUUCUGUUAUUGCUCCUCUCUUCUCUCUGACGGCUUGCGCUCUUGGCGAUGACAGAGGGUGUUCUGUUUGCAAAGAAGGACUACAACCUGCCCAAGCACCCGUUGAUCGACGUACCGAACCUCCAGGUUAUUAAGUUGAUGCAGAGUUUCAAGUCGAAGGAAUAUGUGAGGGAGACAUUUGGCUGGAUGCAUUACUACUGGUACCUCACCAACGACGGUAUUGAGUUUCUUCGUACCUACCUCAACCUUCCGUCGGAGAUUGUGCCGGCUACCCUUAAGAAAUCUGCCAAGCCAUUGCCAUCUCGCCCCAUGGGCGGGCCCGGCGACCGCCCUCCCAGGUGUUACUUCGUUACUUUUGUCUUUCUUUCCCUAAAUUUUAUUUACAUUAUUGAUAUAUUUAUUUGGUCAUCUUUGUUCGAUUUUGUGGCAGCAUGAUGCCAUUCGAUGGGCUUAUUGUCACUUUAAUUUGAUACUUAUUAAUUCGCUUUUUUUCGGUAUAGGCGCUUUGAUGGUGACCGACCAAGGUUCGGCGACAGAGAUGGGUACCGUGGAGGUCCUCGUAGCGGUCCAGGCGACUUCGGUGACAAGGGUGGCGCCCCGCCUGAGUUUCAGCCUUCAUUUAGGGUAAGUUCCCGAGUUCGAGCCGUCUUUUAAAGAUGAAAAAUGUGGUUUGUGAUUUCCAUCAUUCUACAACUGCGCCUUUGGUCAGUCACACAUGGCGACUAGUUUCGGUAGAAACAGAGUCUUGAAAAUUCGAUUGUGGUGCAAGCAUCUUCAUGCCUUGCGUAAAUUUUGAGUGGAUAUUGUUUUUGCAUGUAAUUUGGUUUCCUUUUUUUCUAGAGAGACGAAGUUGACCAAUCCCUGCCGGUUAUCAAGCAAUUGUAUUGACGAUUGCUUCUGAAUCCUGGAAAUUUCCUUAUAACAACGUCUGUGUUUCUCCCCGUAUCAAAAUAUUCUGGCUGUUAAGUAACCCUUUCUUCAGACCGGAAAUUAAUUCUCACUGAACCGUAUUUUACUGGUUCCCAUCUAUCAACCUCUGAGCUCGUGUUCUCUGGUUUCAUGUCUUCAAUCGUAUUUUAGCCCUCCAGUUAGGGCCCUUCAGUAUCGAGUUAUCUUUAUCAGCCUACCUGACGCUUAUCUACUUGAAUUUACCGUAGGGGCUUCUAAUGUGAGCAUUUAGAAGAAGUUAAACAUUUUGCAAAAGCUAGUAUGAUUUGAUUUUAGUUGUCCAUGCUAUCCAUGUAUCACAUACUUGAAUAGUUACGUCCACCUCUUUACGGCUGUCUGAGAAAAUUACCAAUGCUGCUUUUUCCUCCAGCAGUUGACCAAUACUUUAAUCUUUGUUAGAAUGAGAGUAACCCAAUCAUGAAAUCAGAUGCCGUGUUUAAUUGGUUUGACUAUUUUCUUAUGCGGAAGUGGAGAAUGUGACCAUGUUUAGGAUAUUGAACUUUUUCAAACUUAUCAUAGUUUAAUACCAUUUAUUUUGACGAAUCCUCGUCACAGACUCGACUUUCUGAACGAAACCAAUGAAACAUUUCCACUAGUUGAUUGGAGACGCCAAGUAGUGUUCUUAAACAAAACCCUUUUCAAAAUUUAGCCAUAAGUUAACGUAGAUGAUGAAAUUCGUGGACAUUAUCGUCUGUUAUUUCACAGUUUUGUGCAUGGCAAGGUCAUCUGGUGUUUGUGUGAAUCAGAUAUCAGAAAUCACUCGUUGAUCAACAGAUCAGUUCAAAUCUGAGAUGCUUGUUAUCUACAGGGUGGCAGCAGGCCAGCUUUCGGCCGUGGCGGCGGUGGCUAUGGUGCGCCUGGUGGCAGUUACGCAGCUCCUGGGUCCUCCUCCCUCGAGUAG